ACUGGAAAUCAACUUCACCGCCAUAGGUGUGCAGCGAACCUCCAUGAUUGUAUUUGAGAUCGGGACUCGAUCGACCCACCGAAAGUGAGAAUGGGCGCUUUCCCCGCGAGCUUCCCACGUGAGUGUGGAAUGCUUGCUUAAUCCCGCGUUGGACGUCGAGCACGACCAUGUCCACCUAUGGCGCACGCCCCUCGCCAUCUGCCUUCUCAACACCGGCAUCGACGACGCUCUUCAGACGACUGACAUGGGAGGGAACAGUUCCCCUUGAGAUUCGCGUCGACCCGAAGGAACUUCCUGCAAAUAGCGAUCGCGGAUUGGAAUGUUAUUAUAUUCAAGCACCUCGAGUCAGCUAUCUGCCUUUACUCGUGCCGGAGAUCAAGAAAUUCCUUAUGGAUGUAGUUUUUGAUGAGGCUGCUGCAAGAGUGGUCAAGGAGGAGGAGUGGUGGUUUGAGAGUGAAGAAGGCAACCUACUGAAAUGGCACUGGCCUCUUGGUCUCAUCUACGACAGCCAUACCAUCGCUGCUUCCAUUCGACCUACUACAUCAAGUAGUUCAUUACAAUCAGUACCGUUGCGUCUAGUGCUACAUCUUGUGUCACCGCCAACUGAGAAGCUUCUAUUGUCGCCAAGCGCGGAAGCAUGCAAGCAAGCAUUUAUGGGUCAAAUGAAGGAGGCCGACUUUAUCAGAUGGGGAAACACCAAACGUAUGACCGGCCUCAGGAAGGCUGAACAAGACGGACUCUGGGAGGGAAUCAAGGAACACAACUUUGACGAAUAUUGGCGCGUCGCGUCCAAAGUCACGCCUACUACAACACCAGCUCGAUCACAGUCGCCACCGCUGCCAUCUUCCACAUCUCUACAUACGCGACCCCCAUCAGCGGAUCCACAAACAGGAAAUGGCGGUCCGGAUCGUGACGGGGCCUACAACGUCCGAAACAUCCCCGUGCGCAUCUACCUACCUGACGGACCCGUUAUUCAGGAUGUUGUUCCACCACUACUAGACGACGGAUCGCCAAACUCUCUCCACGAUUUUCUCUCCAAAAACCUGAGCAAGCUGUUCCCAGCAUCUCCAUCCGAACCACCAUUUCAUGAGCUGGCAUACCCAAUUAUUCAGGGUGUCGAAAUACCUGGUGAUGCUGAAAUGGCUUGGCUCGGCGCGUGCAUGGCAGGCGCAGACGGUUGGGUCAAUGUUUGUAUUGGGAUUAUUAGAGAUCAUGGAUCAAGACUGUAGACUAUUCUUUAUACUUGUGACAUUGCUUUGUGAUUCGGAUUGGAUAUGCUACAUCUAUCUUUUAAUUGAUACUACCCCUGUAACUCUCGUGUUUCGCGAAUGCACUUUGGGCUCGAAGAUUCUCAAGGAAUAUCUUCAACCAUUGCGUCCCCUUCGCCAAUCAAGCUGAGCCUCCACC